UUGAGUCGGGCUUGUGGGACUAGAUCUCUGUCGCUCCGUGAGCAGCUGAUCCUCUGGAAUGGAUGUCUGAUCAUAGGAGCCUAAUAUUCAGCGUUCAGGAGAGAACAAGAUCUGCGCUGAAGUCGAAAGGUCCCCCAGCAGUCUUUCCCCCCUCAUCAAAGAUGGCCAGCCAGGCGUCAACGACUCCUGUGAAGUCUCAUACCAUUUUGUUGGUACAGCCCACCAAGAGGCCAGAAGGCCGAACUUAUGCUGAUUAUGAAUCAGUGAAUGAAUGCAUGGAAGGAGUUUGUAAAAUGUAUGAAGAGCAUCUGAAGAGAAUGAAUCCCAACAGUCCCUCCAUCACAUAUGAUAUCAGUCAGUUGUUUGAUUUCAUUGAUGAUCUGGCAGAUCUUAGCUGCCUUGUGUAUCGAGCAGACACUCAGACAUACCAGCCCUACAACAAAGAUUGGAUCAAAGAGAAGAUCUAUGUGCUUCUCCGUCGGCAGGCCCAACAAGCUGGCAAAUAAUCCAAGUGGCAGCCUUUUUGGGAUGGGGGGGAGGGCUUGGAAAACAGGUGUGUACAGUGUGCUGUAGUGGGAGCUUUGUAUUAUAGAAGUCCUGUUUCCAUUUUGUUACAAUCUAGCCAAGGUCGAAUAUAUUAGAAGAUUUUUGUCUUGAUCAAUCUUGAAGCCCCUGUCCCUCCCUGAUUUCUUUUUCUUUUUUACUAAAAAGUAGCUGAAAAUUUCUCUUCCGUCAGUUAGCACUUGGUUACAGUUCUUCCAGCUGUUCAUAUCUGCUUCAUAAUGUUCACUGUACUUACCCUUCUGUGGGAGGAUUUUCCAGAAUUUAGUUAUGUCCUCAAAACUCAAAGGCUUAGAGAAUACAAUAAAUGCUCUUUAGUUAA